UAAAAUUACACCAAUCGGAGCCUAAAGGACGCGAGAACUGUCAUGCGUCGACCGUCGAGUGCGACGGUGUAGAAUCUGUUCACCGACGAUCUCUCUCUCUCUCUCUCUCUCUACGCCUUCUUGAUUUCAAGAAGGGCUAAAACCGACUUCUCUGGUCUCUCCCAUGGCUACCUUUACACCACUGCAGUCGUCGAUGAACCCUCAAACGACGCCGCACGUCGUCUACAACCAAGGAACGGCGACGGCGGCGUCAUCAGAAUCGCCGGAGGAAACGGCGGCGGCUACCCUAUUGAUUCGUCACUUUCCCGAAGCUAUCCCUCACGACACGCUCUCUCGGCUCUUCUCCCAUUACGGUGCUUCUUCUGUGCGGCCUUGCACCACUGGAAGGGUGAGAAACUGUGCAUUUGUUGACUUCAAGAGUGAAGCUUUGGCAACUCAAGCUCAUCGCCAAUUAAAUGGGUUGCAUUUUCUGGGUAAAGUCUUGUCAGUGGAGAGAGCUAAUAAAACAUCAGAGAAUAAUAAACAUCAACAAGCUGCUGCUCAAUCAGUGAAGCACUCAUCAUCUAUGACAAAGGAUGCUCCUGUGACCAGAGAUCUUAAUGCAGGAUCAAAAUUAGGAUCCUUUCCUACUAGUGAACCUAUUGCUGAAAGACUUGGCGUUGACUACCCCUUUCCUCCUCACCUUGAGUAUGCUUACCCUCCACCAGAUCGAGAUAUUCUUACCAACAUUGAAAAUGCUCUUAUUGCCAGUUCUCGAUUCUAUACACAGGUAUUGCACUUGAUGAACAAGAUGAAUAUUCCUGCUCCAUUUCGUAUGGCACUUCCUACUCCACCUCUACCGCCUUCUGCAGGAGUCCCUGCUCCGCCUUCCUCUCCACCACCUCCGCCCCCCCCAUUAGCUAACAAGCCUUCUUCAACUGAUCUUUCUAGUGGUGAGUCAGAAUUGGAGUCUUCAGAUGAGGAAGUUGAUGAUAAGGCAUAUCCUGCUGGAGUUCUAGGGGAAGUGAGACGAAAACGAAAGCGCAUCAAGCGCAAAUCCAUUGUAGGCCCUGCAGUUGAUAAAGAUGUGGCUCAUGAGGCUGUUGGAGUGAGACCUGCCAGCUUGGUUCCAAAAGAGAUCCCAGUGAUAAAAAAGAAGAACCCUGUUUUACAGAUCAAAAUUGUGCCUAAACAAGUGCAGAGUGAGCAAACAAAUCAAAGUGAAGUCGAGAAAGAACAAACCAUGCCUGACGAGAAUUUAGAUCUCAAACCUUAUCUAACUCCAGAUGAAUUGGAGGGUGGAAAGUUGCCUCCAGAGGAAAUUUUAUCACUUCCCAUGUUUAAGAAUUAUGCAGCUGGGAAUCCGGCUUCUGUGUUGUACAUAAAGAACUUGGCGAAAGAUGUGGUCGCUGAUGACUUUUAUUUCAUAUUCGGAUCACUAUUCAGAAGUACUGAUGCAGCUAAAUCAAAUCUAAGUACUAAACUGAUGCAGGAGGGAAGAAUGAGGGGACAAGCAUUUGUGACAUUUCCAUCAACUGAUCUUGCUCAUCAUGCUUUGAAUCUAGCGAAUGGGUAUGUGUUUAAAGGCAAACCAAUGAUCAUCCAGUUUGGUCGGAACGCUGCCACUGCCAAAGCAAACUAAAGCUGGGAAUUCGCUUUUGACAAGUCGAUCACUUUCUUAGACACUUCCAGUUGUCUCCUUAUGGUAAAUUAGCAAUCUGGUUGAUAAAGAAUUCAUGGCUUCUUUCUUUAAGUUCUGCGACAGAUGAUACUGCUAGGGAAUGCUGUUAUUCUACAUCAGUUUACAGAUGUUAUUUUGUUUGGCUUUCAGGGGCUUGACAUGAACACUGUGAGUGUCAUGGUAUUAGUUUGGCGUAUUUCAGUCUUCAUUAUUACAAAAGAGCUACGGUAUUAGUUUGGCAUUCUCAAGCCUAGAUGUGAUUGUAUUCGGCUUUCAAUGUACAAAGGGUCUAGGAAAUACUAGAUCAUGCGGUUGCGUUCGAAGACAAUUCUGGAGAUUUUUCUCUCUGAUGGGGCUUUCAUUUAGUGAUUCGUGUAUAUCUUAAGUUAGUAGACUUCUCCCUCCCGAAUUUACUUUGUUCAAUUUUGUAUCUCUUUUGUUUUUCUUGCUUUUUGUAAAUUCUUUUCCUUAGUAGAUGGAGAAUUUUCAGAUGAUGUGAUAAAUUGGAAUGGAAGGGUUUGGUGAAGAAAAUCAUAAAUUGGAUUGAAUGCUUAGCGUCAACUCUUGUUGGAAUUCUCUCUGCAACCUGAAUGAAGAUACACUGGACUUUCCAACA